AUGCCGAAAAGAAAGCGAAUUUUAAUUGAUUCUGAAGACGGAGAAGAAAUGGAUUCUGAGGAAGAUGAAGAGGAGAAAGAAUCUCGUCGCUAUCCACGACGGGCUAUCAGCAAACUUUCAUCAAAAAAUCGCCCUUUGCGUCGGUCACGACGUGUGAGACGUCCAUUACAUAUGUUUACUGAAGAUGAGGAAAUGGAGUAUGAAGAAGAUGAGGAAGAGGAGUCUCAUCGAUAUCCGCGUCGUUCACGUAAUAAGAUUAAAAAUGAAGAAAUGAUUUAUGAAGAGGACGAUGAUGAAGAGGUAUUGGAGAAGGAAUCUCGCCGUUAUCCCCGUCGUUCUAGUAAUAAAAUUAAAAACGAGGAGAUGGUAUCUCGCCGUUAUCCACGUCGUGCCAGUAAUAAAAUUAAAAAUGAAGAAAUGGUUUAUGAGGAGGAAGAUGACGACGAAGAGGAGAAGGAAUCUCAUCAGUACCCGCGCCGGUCUAGCAAUAAAAUUAAGGAAGACGAAAUGGAUUAUGAGGAGGACGAAGAUGAAGAGCCUCGUCGAUAUCCACGCCGUUCUAAUAAUAAAUCAAAAAGCCGGCCUUUACGGCGAUCGCGACGAAGGCGUCGUCAAGUUUUUGGGACUUCUCGUCGGAACAAUUCGUUGUUAAGUUCUUACAAAAUUAACCAUUUACAACGACUUCCGCUUAAUUCUGUUCUGGAUAUUCGAAGAAACCAAUCUCGUUCUGUCGUUCCUCAUCGACAUCGUAAACUUGACCAUUGUUCAAGCAGUACUGUUUCAUCUACAUCUACGUCCUCUAAUGAAGCACCAACUGAAGCACCUAUUAAUAAACGUACUACUCGUCAUCGAGCUUUACCGAAAGAUUUACGCGAUGAAGCUAAUUUUGAAAAACGUAAACUUCAAUCUUUGUUGAAAGGACGACGUGAGCUGAUGCCUAUUAAUGUAAACGAAAAGGAAGCAAAAACUUGUUCAAUUCUUUCUAUGGCACAGGAAAAUGUUCGGCGUAAAGCUAAUCGUUCAAGUUGUGCUGAUAUUGAUCCUAUGAGUAUUGACCAUGAUGUAGGCUUUGAGCAAAUUGGUGGACUCAGUCGACAUAUUCAACAACUCAAAGAAAUGUGCCUUUUCCCAAUGCUUUAUCCGCAUGUUUUUGAACACUUCAGCAUUCAAGCACCAAAAGGUGUUCUCUUUUAUGGACCACCUGGUACCGGAAAAACUUUGGUGGCUCGUGCUCUGGCUAACGAAUGUAGCAGAUCUUGUGAGGGAACAAGUAAUUCAACUGAAGAUACAAAUAUUACUUCCUCUUCCAUGAGAAAACGUGUUGCAUUUUUUAUGCGUAAGGGAGCUGAUUGUUUGAGCAAAUGGGUUGGCGAGUCAGAACGACAAUUACGACUUCUUUUUGAUCAAGCUUACAGAAUGAGACCUUCAAUAAUAUUUUUUGAUGAGAUUGAUGGACUUGCACCGGUUCGUUCUUCACGUCAGGAUCAAAUUCACUCAUCAAUUGUCUCUACACUUUUGGCUCUUAUGGAUGGAAUUGAUUCACGCGGAGAGGUCAUUGUUAUUGGUGCAACUAAUCGUCUUGAUUCAAUUGAUCCAGCUUUACGCCGCCCUGGUCGCUUUGAUCGUGAAUUACGUUUCGAUCUGCCUGACUGUAUAGCUCGCAAUCAAAUUCUACAAAUCCACACACGAAAAUGGCCAGAAGAGUGUCAACUUUCUACUGAAUUGCUUGAUUGGCUGGCUGAGGAAUGUAGUGGUUAUUGUGGAGCUGAUUUAAAGGUUAGAGCAUCCAAAUUUUUAUUUAAGUUAUAUUUUAGGCCCUUUGCACAGAAUCUGUAUUAAUAG